CAUAUGAAAGUGUUGCUGCAACAUGCAAUAAUUCGAAGCAACAACUUGCAACAUAUGACUCGUGAAGAUAUGGUGGAUGUGUUUUAUGGAAACAAAAAAAAAGGUAAAAAUCUCGCGCAG